UUCUGGGAAUCAUUGAGAUGCUGCUUAUCUUCAAAACUGAGAUGCAAUAAAAGCUCAGACCCUGGGCGCGCAACUCAGUUAAUCCAUCCAUAAGCAUGAAGCUCGUCGCAGCUAUUAUAAGCCUGCUGCCCUGGGUUAAUCUCGGAAAUGCACAAGCAGCUGUAUCAUUCCUGGAACCGAACUGUGGAGUUUCGAUCUCAGGAUCGCGUCGCUGGCGGACCAGGGUAAUCGACGGUGGGACAGCGGACAUGUUCGGCAACCCAUGGAUGGUCUUGAUAGAGAACAGCAUUUCGUGUGGUGGCUCGCUGAUUACCAACCGUUUUGUGCUUACUGCAGCACACUGCAUAAGAAACAGCCCCACUGUUGUAUUCUUAGGGGAGUUUGAUAGGUCGACCAGCCCCGAUUGUUCCAGGAGAGGCUGCCUUCCGAGAGCUAUUGGAAUACCCGUCGACGCUCAAAUAGCUCACCCAAGGUAUGUGCAUCAUUCCCGAGAUGAUGUGGCCCUGUUUAGACUGGCCAGACAGGUGCAGUAUACGGGUAAAGGCAGUCAAUUCUUCCCUAAGGAUCUCUCUAAUAACCUACUGUACCAUGUAGACUACAUCAGGCCCAUCUGCCUGCUGACCAACUACAAUCCCCUGGCCCAAAUCAGGACAUUGACUGCCACUGGCUGGGGUGAAACGGAAUUCGGUACCGAAAGCAACGUUCUGAAGACCACCAGCUUGACGCAAGUGGAUCGCAGGUAUUGCGCAGCCUUGUACGGCCGAGUGGAUACGUCGCAUAUCUGUGCGGGGGACUUCGCGUCGCACGUCUGCCGUGGGGACUCCGGCGGUCCAGUCUCCAGUACUUUAAGGGUAAACGGCCAGAACCGGGUUAUUCAGCUCGGAAUUGUCAGCUAUGGAGAUAUGCAGUGCAGACAGUGGUCGGUCUUCACUAACGUAAUGCACCAUGUGAACUGGAUCGUGGACACUGUGCGGCGGAGGCAAAGACCAGGUCACAGCAACAGGCUUUUUUGGUAAUUACCAUACUGAAAGAUCAUGUUCUAUAGAACGAAGAAGUGGUUUGUUGUCAGUGUGAACAAUGAUAUUUCAAAGUGUAGUUUAGGUA